CUCAGUAUUUCGCUAGCAUCAUGGUCAUCGUUGGUCUCUCUGUGGUGGUAACAGUGCUGGUUCUGCAGUUCCACCAUCACGACCCACAAGCAGGACAAAUGCCCAAAUGGGUCCGUGUCAUCCUGCUGCAUUGAUGUGCUUGGUUUUUACGAAUGAAAAAACCUGGGGAAAAUAUAAAGCCCCUCUCUUGCAAAUACAGCUAUCCCAAGCACCAUCUGAGUGUGAACAGCCUGGAGAUGAAUGUCCUGCCUGGACACCAGUCCAGCAAUGGCAACAUGAUCUGUAGCUACCACACGAUGGAAAAUCUAUGCUGCCCUCAGAAGAAUGAUCUGGGUAGCAAGAGCGGAAAGAUUACCUGCCCCUUACCAGAUGAUAUGGAGCUUGUCCAGAAGAAAGCUUUAAUGGAUACUAUUCCAGUCAUUGUGAAGAUCCUGGAGGAAGUUCAGUUCAUAGCAAUGCGCUUCAGGAAACAAGAUGAGGGUGAAGAGAUCUGCAGUGAGUGGAAGUUUGCAGCUGCUGUCAUAGACAGAUUAUGCCUGGUUGCAUUUACCCUUUUUGCCAUCAUCUGCACAUUUACAAUACUCAUGUCUGCUCCAAAUUUUAUAGAAGCUGUUUCAAAGGAUUUUGCGUAAGGAUUUCAAAGAUGAGCAAGAUAAUUUAAAAGUGAAUAUUGCCAGUAAUUUUGCUAUAUAAUUUAACUCAAAUAGAGAAGUGUACUUAUAAGUGCUAACAUACACAGAGGGGGAUGAAAAUAAUUUCAGGAGGUAAAUAUUCCUGAUGUUAGUGAUUGUAGUUACUGAAGAGUAAACAUAUUGAGCUCUGUUACU